UCAGUCGGCUUGUCACUGGUACUGCUGCUGCUGCUGCUGCUGCUGCUACUACCUCUGCCGCCGAUAGCGCGCUCGUCCCGAUGUUGCACCGAUCCCGGCCAGAACUCCACCUCCCCGGCCCCACGCGAGAAAUGCCCCUGCGGCGUGUGUGAACCGGCGAAGCUCGCGUCGAGGAAGCGGGGCGGCGAGGCGAGGCGAGGAGAGGCGAGUCUCCGGGCAAACGGCUUUGACUAGCGGCCAGACGAAGCGGUCAGGAUGUUGCAAGUGUUAGCUUGUGGCGCCGUAGUUUUCCCCGGUUUGUUCUUCGCCUUCAAGAAGAUCCUGCCCAGAGUGUUCACACGUUGGAGCGAUGCCGACGUGGUGCUGGUGAGCGAAAGGCUGGUGUCCUCCAUCCAUGCUGUCAUGGCAACCACAGCGGGAAUCAUCAUUGUUACCUCUUGCCGGGGCAACGUCAUUGAGAGCAGGCAUUGGCUGGUCACGUAUUUUGUCAUCUGGUACGGCGUUCCCUACAUGGCCUAUGACCUUCUUGCCAUGUACCUCAGCCACUACCACCGCUUCCGGGUCAACGGGCAUAAGGAGUACAAGCAGCACUCCCUGAAGACGGUGAGCUCCUUCGUGCGCCGCGAGGUGUUGCUGGUGCUGCAUCACAUCGCCCUCCUCACCGUGCUGCUGCCUGUCACGCUGUUCUUCCGCAACGACCAGGGAGAUUUCUUCAUCGGCUGCUUGUUUCUCACCGAGCUCAGCACUCCUUUUGUUUCUCUGGGGAAGAUACUGAUUCAGCUGGGCCUCCAUGAAUCCUGGCUGCACAAGUUGAACGGCGGCAUGGUCCUGCUCACCUUCUUCAUGUGCCGCAUCGCCCUCUUCCCCUACAUGUACUGGAUAUACGGCAGCCACUACGGCAUCCCGCUGUACGCCGUGCCCUCCCGCCUGCCGCUCUCCGCCAACCUGGGCAACUGCUUCAUCCUGGGGCCGCAGGUCUACUGGUUCGUGCUGCUGUGCCGAAAGGGCUACCGGCUGUACCAGCGCAGUCGGCGGCCCGACUCCUCUAAGGACGAGUGAUCUCCAGUCGCCGUUGUCGCACACUAACACAACAACUCCCUCGCAUCCAACCCCACACUAUUGUACUGUAGGCCGGAAUGGGACUGCCGGCGUAUUUCGCACAAUUUUCACCCUCCUGUUUGGAAUCUGCUGCUAACAGUGGACCUCUCCCGUACCUUACAAUCGACUACUGAAGUUUCUGGCGAUGUCCUUUUUUGGGGAUUCUACCAAAGCCUCCUCCUCGUUUACACGGCGUCGAAGGCUUGAGUGCCGACUCAAUCAUCUCCGUCGCCGUGAUGGUCCGUUAAGAGUGUGCGGGUGGCUGCUACGAAAGGUAUUUAUUUGUAUUGCUUUGUUGUACGAAUGGCGGCUCUUUGGUCUUGUUUCCGCUCCUACGGCAGGAAGGAUUGUCUCCAGAGUGACGCAGAUUGAGGCAGCAUUAACCGAAGAAAUGUAGCCGAUUGGUUGUGUGCAUAUUUUGGAGUUGUGUUACCGAAGUUGGACAACUCGUCCAUUUUAAUGUUUUGGAGAAUUCACUGGAAAGCUAACACUUUUUACUCCACGGUCAGCCGGUGCCUCAGAGACGAGCAAUAAGACGAGGGUGGACCACAUCUGGUCGGCUUCCAUAGACGAGGGCUUUAAACACUUCAGGUUUUUAUCAUCGUGUUGUUUCGUCACAAAAAAUAUCUUAACCUUUAAACUACUUCAUUUUUAUCGAGAGCGACCAUAUCAGCAGUUGAUUUUACAGUUCAAUAGAACCUUUUGUUUUCUUUGAGGGAGAAAAAUACUGCGUUGUUGGUUUUUUAAUGUCAUAAGACAACACUAUAAGAAUAUAUCAAACACUGUAAAGCUUUAUAGAUGACUAACUGAUUUCCCUGCGAAGAGGAUCUAUGCAACAACAAAAAAAGGACAUCCGCGCUGUAUGUUUACAAGACCUAAUUUGAUUUCCGUCUUGUUGCAUUAUGUUGCGUUUGGAAAGUUUGAGAUUAUGUCCAUCAAAAAAAAAAAAUACCUGCAAUCAUUCCAGGUGAAAAGUUAUUUUAGUCGCAAUCUCUUGGUUUUUGUAGUUUUUUUUCCUUAAUUUGCUUGCGUACUGUUGGUCGCUAUUUCAGUUUUGCAAAAACCUUGCCGGCAUUGUUGGGCUUGGUGCUAAUAGACAACCUUCUUCAGUUUAAAUCGAGAAAAUACGACUUUUUGGCCAAAUUAUGUUCACAUUAUGGGACAAUAUUUCCAUCCAUAUUUCCUUUGAACACAGUUUAGGGAUUUGCUGACUUAUUUACUUUUGAAAGUGACAUUUGUGAGAAUUACUUACUAAACAUAAACCUACAGUUGGAAGAGGAUUCACAUGGCCCCAUGUUGCGGUUUACCUGACUCAUGAAUCGUGACGAAUUGGGGGGUGCAUUAUCCACUUUAGCCGCCAGAUGGCGGUAGAGUGUUGAAUAUCUUACGUGUUUAGUGGCAUUUUCAACUUUCAGGCAUGUGAAAUGUCCGCGAAAACCUGCUUUUUUUAAACAUUAGUUUUAGCGUCAAAAUAACACUUAAAAGUUUUUUAACGCAAUAUCAAAAAGUAGGAUCAAGACUAAAUUUGUUGAACGCUCGCCUCAGCCGCAUGUUCCUAAACAACGCACUAAACUGCAAGACAGGGUGACGAUCAGUGGCGCCAAAACAAGCUCACUACUUAGCACAGUUAGCAUCAUAUAGCUAGCUUACUUACCAUCGUCUGUGUUCGCUGUCCGAGCCACAACAUUGACGUUUUUCUACUUUGCUGAUCCAAAGUGCUUCAAAUCUGAUCUUUUCACAUCAGGCCACAUCAGGAGGUAGUCCGAAUCCGAUUGGAAUCUGAUCUUUUCAAAUGUGACUUCAGUCAAAACGCAAUCCGACCCUUAUGGAACAUUUUUGUCAUCUUUGUGCGAGCUACAUCAUUCGUGUGCGCGGGGAAAAACGCAGCCCACCAGCGGAAGUAGCUACUUCAUCACAAUAUCUGGUUUUAGUUAGCAAAGUCUAUUUUCGACGGCCGAAUUUUCGGUGUAUCACUAGUCAGUAGUGCGCAAAUAAUAAGGUAAAUGUAUUAUAUGAAUAUAUAUUUUGAGUCCGAAGAAUAUCGAUUGUUGAAGGACUGGAAUUUACCCUGUGCCGUAUUUGCUUACAAAAAUAAAGCUAACAUUGAGCCAGGUU